AAAGCAUCCCUCUGACCGACGAGCGCACGGCGCGCCACGGAAUGCGCAGGAGCGACCGACUGUCCGCUGGACGAGGGCGCACGGUCAAGCCAUGGGUCCUUCUUCGGCACCUUUGAGUUCUUAAUGCAUUAUGAUGUCCUAAAGUCAUAGAGACCCUUGGAAAUCCUUUGAAUUCUCUUCAAGGCAGCGUCUGUAUUGGAAUAAACUAUUAGCUGGUGAAUUUUUCUGUUCGGAUGGAUGAUUUGGUCAGAUUCCUCAUUCAUCGUGAUGCGCGUUCAUUCCUUUUCCAAGUGUCUUAUUGACUGACCGCGGAUCAAUUUUUGGACGUGGGCUGACGGCUGGAGAGGAAGAUGACAGCUCUCAACCCAGUGCUGUUCCUGCUCUGCGGUGUCUCUGUGUCUCUGACUCUGAAGGUGGUGUCAAAGAGAGGCUCAGUGGACGGCUGCACUGAUUGGUCCGUGGACUAUCUGAAAUACCGGGUGUUACACGGAGAGCCGGUGAGGAUAAAGUGUGCUCUCUUUUACGGUUAUAUCAGAGCCAACUACACCCAGGCACAGAGCAUUGGGCUUAGUCUGAUGUGGUACCGAAGUUCUGGGUUGGGACAUGGUGACUUCGAGGAACCCAUCUCCUUUGAUGGGGUACGCAUGAGCAAAGAGGAAGACGCCAUCUGGUUUCGGCCUGCCGAGCUGCAGGACGCCGGUCUGUACUCCUGCGUUCUGAGGAAUUCCACGUUUUGUAUGAAGGUGUCUAUGACUCUGUUGGUUGCUGAUAAUGACACAGCAGGAUGUUAUAACUCAAAACUGCGCUACACUGAGAAAGGAGAACUGGGCAAGAGUAAAGACAUCUCCUGUCCUGAUAUCCAGGAUUUCGUUCAGCCUGGAGAAAAACCGCAGAUAACGUGGUACAAGGAGUGUAACGUGCAGCAGUGGAGGAGCAGCGUGCUGCAGACCGCAGACAUGCUCUCCAUACAGGAAGUGAAGGAGGAUGACAUCGGCAACUACACCUGUGAGCUGGUUUUUGGAGGCUUCCAGGUGCGGAGGACGACCUAUCUGAGCGUGACAGCUCCUCUGACUGAAGAGCCCCCCAGGAUUCUCUUUCCCUCUGAAAACAAGCUCCUCACCAUGGAUGUGCAGCUCGGAAGCAUGCUGAACCUGACAUGCCGAGCCUUCUUUGGGUACAGUGGGGACAUCAGUUCGCUUGUUUACUGGAUGAAAGGAGAGAAGUUCAUUGAGGACAUGGACCAGAGUCGCAUUCGAGAGAGUGAAAUCAAGACGGUCAGAGAACACCUGGGUGAACAGGAAGUGUCCAUUACUCUGACCGUAGAUUCACUGGAGGAGGUAGAUCUGGGUAAUUAUUCCUGUUAUGCGGAAAACGGCAACGGGAGAAGACAAGCCAAUGUACAGAUUGGGAAACGAGUGGAGCUGAUGUACACCGUGGAGUUGGCUGGUGGACUGGGUGCGAUUCUUCUGCUGUUGGCUUUGUUAUUGUCUGUGUAUAAGUGCUACAGGAUCGAGCUGCUGCUCUGCUACAGGCAUCACUUUGGUGGGGAGGAUACAGACGGAGAAAAUAAAGAGUAUGAUGCAUACCUGUCCUACAGUAAGGUUGAGCUGGAUCAGUGGGGUCAGGAAUUACAGGAAGAGGAGCGCUUUGCUCUGGAGAUUCUCCCUGACGUCCUGGAGAAACAUUACGGAUACAAACUCUUCAUCCCUGACCGAGAUCUCAUUCCUACCAGCACGUACAUAGAGGACGUGUCCCGCUGCGUAGACAUGAGUAAACGCCUGAUCAUCGUGCUGACCCCGAGCUACGUGUUGCGUCGCGGGUGGAGUAUAUUUGAGCUGGAGUCCCGUUUGCGCAACUCUCUGGUUUCAGGGGACAUUAAAGUGAUCUUAAUCGAGUGUGCCGAUCUGCGAGGACUCAUUAACUUCCAGGAGGUGGAGGAGUUAAAACAAUCCAUUAAAUGCCUGAGCGUGGUGCACUGGAACGGCCCGCAGAGCAACAAGCCUGGCUCACGCUUCUGGAAGCAGCUCCGCUACACCAUGCCAUACCGCCGCCCCCAGCAAACCCUCACCAAUCACGCACUGGACGCCAGCGAACCCAGCCCCUUCGCCGACCUGCAGACAGUCUCGGCCAUCUCCAUGGCUACGGCCACGUCCGCCGCCUUGGCGCCGGCUCACCCCGAGCUGCGCCCGUCCCUGCGGAGCUCGUACCGCUCGCACUCGCUGGCACGGCAGAAACACUCGCACUACCGCAGCUACGACUACGAGCUGCCCUUCACGGCCGGAGGAACGCUGCCGCCCCAGCACACCUACUGCAACCUGCCCCUCACCCUCAUGAACGGCCAGCGGCCCGUCAACAACAAGACCCUGCGCCAGCACAGCCUGGAUGAGCACCACGCCAACAACGCCAUGCUCCCGCUGCUUCCCAGAGAGACGAGCAUCUCCAGCGUCAUCUGGUAAACACAGAGAAUCCGAAACACGCACGGUUUGGGCCACCUGGCACACGGGGGACUAAAUAAGCUGGCAUACAGCACAGGACACGAUGAGGUUAGUGGCUUCCUGUGAGCGGAAUGAUUGUUCUGUCCACGCUAAUGGGUCUGAGGAUGUGCGUCUUCUUUUGGGCAUUGAUCCGGUGGCGAGGGACGUUGUAGUGCCGUAUCUGUAGGCGUGAACUGAGCAUAUAAAGUCACACCACAUGGAGGUAUACAGGGUCUCGUGUAGAUGUUAGCGUUAUAUUUGUAGCACCGCUGUCUUCCUGUCUCCAUGUUGGGUUUGAUCACGCCAUCUAUUUUUACUCGUUAAUGCUUGAUGCUUUUCGUUUUGUCCCUUCCUUAUUUUUUAGGUUUGACAUGGACUUUUGAUUGAGAUUUUUUGAUUUUUCUACCUUCUUUUGAAAUGGACAGAAAUAUUCCUCGUUUGAUUUUAGCUACUGUCGUUUUUGCUCGGAAGCUACUGCGUUUUGUUCCGUCCCUCUUUCUGUUGUCCGAUGUAAGCUGCUGUGUGACUCAGAUACAUGCUGGCAUGUUUCACAGAGGAAUACAGGCCUGUAUACUCGCAUUCUAGUAUAGAGUGUCAAAUAACUCCGCUUGAUAACAUACCAUAUGAUUUAAUAAAUGCCCAAAGUCAACAUGUAUUUGUUGUAUCUUGUCUAGAGGUUUUCCUGAUCUAGGGGUUUUCACUUAUGGCAGCAUGUACUGACUCUAAGGGGGAAAAACACAAAGCUAGAAUCAGAACCAAGAGGUUUGACAGUAAAAAGAGGUCGAACUGUAUAAAAAAAAGAAA